ACCGUAAAGCCUUGUGGGUAGGUUACGAACGUCCUUGUCCUACCAAGCGCACACCGACUGCCUCCACGCAAGGGCUUGAGGACUUCUGUCAUUCACUUGUACUUGGAUAAAAUCUGUUCUUUAGACAUGAUGGCAGCAAGGUUCCUCCGCCGGGCUCUUCCUGUGCUCAGGCAGACCCGGUCCUACGCCGAGGCCGCCUCCGGAGCCCCGCAGAUGUCCUUCACUUUUGCCUCCCCGACACAGGUUAGCUUCACAUGAACGCAGCUGACGAGGCUUCCCGGGCCCAGCUAGCUAGCUGCACGGCUGAUAGUCACUCAUUUGAAUGCAUUAAAUGAUAUAGACAAUGUCAUAAUUUGUAAAGCUCUUACUCCAGAAUCUCUCUGCAGUUUUGUGCCAUUCCGUGUUUUUCCGUGCGUGCAUACAGUGAACUCUGUGGAAGCGCUUGUCUUGUGUUGAGGGUUAUCAUAGCAUAGCUAGCUAACAAUGACUAGCCUAGCUGUCAUUCACUGUCAGUGCAUGGAAUAUCAUCCUUUUGGAAACACUAUCACCAAAUCACUGUUAAUCAAGAGAACAUUUACUACUAUUUACAGAGCUGACCACGUGUUUUAGAUGUCUGUAACUGUUACUGUACCAAUUGUGCCAUUGCUGCACACGGGUGUUUAUUACAGACCUCUCUAACCUUGAAGUUUGUUGGUACUAAUCUCACCUUUCACUCACCAUUUCUCUGGUUUCAUUUGUAUGUUUCUCCAAAUUUUCUGCAAGAGCACCUGCAACUGAUUAAGAUGUAUAAUUGAUACCAAGAGAGUGUAACUUAACCAUUAAGGACAUCGUGUUCAAUGUUAAGUCACUGCAGAUACAAGCAGCUGCGGUUGUUUAAAGGUUAAAGGGAUAUUCCGGCGUAAAAUUAAGUUAGGGUCAAACACACUGUAACACUGAGUUAGACACCCCCUGUAGAGAUGAAUGUUGCCGACUGCUUGCUUCUCUAGUUAUACCAACUUAAGGAACGACCACAGAUAGCAAUACAGAGAGCCAUGUGCUCAACCAAAACGCCACUCUACAACCACAAAUAAUGCUCAGAACAGCACCUAACUUCAUCAACAGCACAUAUAGGGUCCCAGCUAUAGUGCUAGCCAUCAAACAUCUUUUCAAUUUUGCCUGAUUUCUUUCGCAAAGAGAUUAAACACAACUCACCUACUCUCUUCUAGCAGCCGCUUGUUUGUACGGAGACCUCCGGGCAAGUUCAUCGUCUGCUGCGGGGUGACACAACUCAAGGAAGAACAUUUAUGAUUAUUACUUCAUGGAUAUGCAAUCAGACAGAGACACUAAGGCAGAAGAACUACCACGUCUGCGGUGCAAAAUCAUUAAUAUGAUGAUUAUUACUUCAAGGAAAUGAUAAAGAAAUUAUCAUGAAUGUUCUUCCUUGAGCUGCGAAACUCCGCUGCAGUCGAUGGCCGAACAAGCGGCUGCCGGAAGAGAGUGGGUGAGUUGUGUUUAGUCUUUUUGCUAAAGAAAUCAGGCAAAGCUAAAAAGAUGUUUGGUGGCUAGUGCUGUGGCUGGGACCCUAUAUGUACUGUUAAUGAAGUUAGGUGCUGUUCUGAGCAUUAUUUAUGGCUAAACAGUGUUUUUUUUGUUUCGGUGGGUGGCUCUCUGUAUUGCUAUCGUGCGGUCGUUACUAAAGUUGGUACAACUAGAGAAGCAAGCGGUCGGCAACAUUCAUCUCUCGAGGGGGUGUCUAACUCAGUGUAAUUGUGUGUUUGACCCUAACUUAAUUUUACCAUGGAAUAUCCCUUUAAGUGCUGUGAUGAACUUUUGCACAAGUCUUUUGUUGAUCAGUGUCUCUUAUCUUUUUCCAUUAUCCAGGUGUUUUUCAAAGAGGUCAGUGUGAAACAGGUAGAUGUGCCCACACUUACCGGUGCGUUCGGUAUCCUCCCCGCUCACGUACCCACCCUCCAGGUGCUCCGACCUGGUGUUGUCACAGUCUUCGGCGAUGAUGGCUCUUCCACCAAGUACUUUGGUAAGAUUUUGACUGGCAGAAAACACAGUGGUGGUGACAUAGACCAGGCUGACUUCACUUUCCUCCUAUGUUAACGGGUCGGUUUCGACUUGUGUCUUAAAUCAGCUGAAAAUUACACUAAAAGCAUGUCUCUAUCAUCCAAUUUGGUUCUCGUCUCUGGGUUACCUUGUUAGGCUUCAUUAUCCAUGAAAAUAUUGCUUAAAAUAGUUUUUGUUGUUGUCCUCUGGAACUUUCUUUGUCAGUAUACCCCUCAUACAGACAUCUAUGCUGAACUGAUCUCACAUGUCUGGACAUGCCUGAUGUUGUUUUUUUGUGCAGGAAAAACAGGGAAAAUUAGAAACUCCUAAAUUUCACAUGAUUAAAAAAGAUCUGACUGUCAGUGUGGUGCCUGAUAGUGCAUUUAUGAUUUUAGUUUUUGCUCUAAUUAUAAGAUAUUAAUCUAACUGGGUCAACAUAGACCCUAACACAACAAGUGCCAUAAUUUUAAUAAAAGCAUUUUAUAAUUUUGUGAAUUAUUUAUUUUUAUUUUUUAUUUUGUUGAAAUGGAGGUUACUGACAAAGUCAAAAAGUCUUGAUGCAAAAAAGUGGUUCUUUUAAGCAUUUGAAAACAAAAACGAGUCGGUGCAGACCCUAACACAGGAGACAGGUUUUAAAGGACCUUGAUUUAAUUUUUCUAGUGGUUAAGUAAACAGUAAAUUGACAUAUCAGGCUAGCCCUCACACGUUAAAAAAGUUUGAAUAGUGUUAAUGACUUUAUAAAUCUUACUGUGUGUUUUUGUCUCAGACUCAUUGAAUCUAUCAUCAUUUAAUGCAAUAAAGUUAUGUUGAGUUACUGAGCUCCCUUUUUUAACCAAUGAAAAAAGUUGAUGUCUAUUCAGCUCAGUCAACUGAUAUCCACGUAUCAUAUGACAGCUGUUUAGAUUUAUUGCAUAAGACUUUAUUAGAACCCCAAUUGUUGAACAGAAGCUACCCUUUUGGAGCAAGGGUGCCCUGAAAGUAUAUUGCAUUUGAUUUAAAAGCAGAAAAAAAAUCACUGCGAAAAUCAAUUUUUCCCCCCAAACAAUCAAUCUUAAACAAAUAUAGAGCAGAGCCCCCUAGUGGUUGAAUACAUUGGAUUCUCAACUCCAGAGCUUUUUUAAACUAUUCAAUUAAACACAAUAGGAACUCAACACAUGAAAACAGCAGCCCGUGUAUAGAAAGCAUCACUGUAUUGAUUCAUCAAGGUCAAUAGUCAGGUAAUGCUGAGGCCACCCUCUGUUGAGUCAAACAGUAUACUAUUUCAUAUGGCCUGAUAUACUAAUAUACUGUAUAUUUUCUAUUGCAACAGUGCACUUAAGUUCAAAUAUCUAAAUUUCGAUUAAGGGCUCAUAUUUUGGAGACAUCCAUACCGCAUAUUGGCAUGUUGAGUGACUUUGUUGUGCAUCUUUGUGUGUGCAGUGAGCAGUGGAUCAGUAACAGUCAACGCUGAUUCUUCAGUCCAGCUGCUGGCUGAGGAGGCUGUUCCCUUGGACCAGCUGGACGUUGCUGUGAGUAUGAUGUAAACUUGACUGCAUUUACAUGUCAACAAGUGUGGCAUCUCUAAUAAUGGCCACUACAACCUUAUCAGGACAUAAAAAAGACUAGGUUGUUUAGAUAGUGAUGGUACAAUCUUGACAACCAGUACUCCAUCAUCUGUCCUUCAUACAGCCCUUUGGGGAAAUUUUGUUUUUUGUCCGCAGUCCGGCUAGCAAUUUAAGAAGCAAGAAUGAAAUUGAGGUGGAAAGACGGUAUCUUGGAGUAGAUAAUUUGCUGCACUUGCAUCAGCUAUUUUUGUGAAAGCAUCAGUUUGAUUUUGUGCACAUCCAUUUUGCCCUCCAUGAAGACUGUUGUCCUGUAUUCGGCCAACACCAAAAUGCGCCAAGUCAAAACUACUCAUAUCUCCAUGAAAAGCAGAAUACUUAGAUACUCAAAUCUGCCUCCAUGUCUUUAUGUUAUGCAGAAUCAGAAAAUACAUAUUGAGUUACGAUAUAGACAAACCGAACUACAAGUCAAAGCACAAAUCUUAAGAGGAAUCAUACCCUCUAAAAUCAGAGCUGAGGACACAGAAACAAAUCAAAUAAAUCCACCAGGGUCGUGAUACAAUCAUUUACUGUCCAACAAGGGGAAAUGUUUACAUUUUGUGCUAAAAUAACAUAUUUAGCCUUGUUAAUGGAGACAGUUCCAGUCCAGAUUUUAUAUUUGACAGACCGAGCUGAAGCUCAUUGCUCUCUAUUAACAAGAGAAAAUGUAGGAUUUGGAUAAAAAAAAGUAAAGCAGGUUUUAACAGGAUGUUUAUUUGUGUUAUGAUUGUUAGGUGAUAUAGAUGAAUUGUUACUGGUUCUAAAAUGUAAAGUACAAAAAGAAGAAAAAGGGAGGGUCAAACCACUCUGUUUUUUUAGAAUUUAUUUUCAUUAGUUUAAAAGUUGAUUUUAGUAUGCUAUUUUCAAAAAGGCUUUAAUGCAUUGAAAAUUUUUAUGCAAUGCUUACUGACCUCACAUUCAGCUCACCAAACCUCCUGGAAUUUUGAUCAUUGACUCUGGAGACAAGCUAAUUUCAGUCUCUGUUUACUCAUGAAACAUUUUUCUUUUAAUAACUCAAUCAAUCUUUAUUUAUAUAGUAACAGAUCACUGUAAAUAUCUGUAGAUGCUUCACAAAGAGCAGGUCUGGACCGUACACUAUGUAAAUAUUUAUCGCAUUUUGUUUAGGCUAAGUAAAUUAAAGUGUAACUGGUAGAUAUCAUUGCAUACUUCCUCACAAAUAAAAACAUUACAGGAAACCACUGAUUCCUGGUAUGUUGUCAAAUGUGAAAUUUGAAAUCUCUUCAGAGGAGAGUACAAACAAUUACUCUAAACAAUGCUAAAAAAUGAAUGAACAUUUUUGGCAGUCUCAGCAUUCACAACACACGAGUUCCACAUAUUUAAUGCCGCAUUGAUUGUGUUGUAUUCUAUGAUGAAUUUCAUAAUCGCUCAAGGCAACUCUCCGUUUACUUAAAUAAUCUGAAUGAACAUUUGCAUUGGUCUUCUUGUCAGGAUGAUCUAAUGCUACAUAUUUUUAAUGAGCAACCCACAAAUACCAGGAUCAAUAUUUGUGCCGUUUGGAUGGCAGGAGCUCAGCCUUUGAACCUGAAGAGAUUAAUUCCUUUGAACCUAUAUCUGAAAAUAGAUUUAAUUAUUAAUUAGAACACAAGAGUCCUAUAAACUGCAUUCUCUCGUCAGGCUUGAAAGCACUUUUCUUUUUGGAAAAUUCCUGUAAAACUUUCCGAGUUUUGCCGUUUCUCUUAAAGUUUAUAGAACAUCAUAAAAGAUAAUGACUAUCAAAAAUGCUUGAAUGAAUCUCCCUCCAUUUCCAGUGUCAGGAUUGAUAAUAGGAUGGGAGGAAAAAUCAAUUCAGCAUAGUAUCGCGAUAUUUUGUCUGGAGAUAGAUCGUAUCGUCUCAUUGACCAAGUAUCUUUUUUCAAAUUAAUUGUUAAUAUGAAGUCAAAUCUAUGAUAAUGGAAAAAUAAAAUCAACUGUUUGUCAGGUGAGGUUGGCAGAGGUGACAUCGUAGAGCAGGAGAGAAUUAGUGUAACAAAUAUAGCAGCAUCUGGGAAAAGACAUUAGGAAUGCAAGCAGGGCACAAAUGAGAUGGACCUGACACAAGGGGUUUGGAAGAUGUGCUAAAUGAAAAUAAAAUACAGUGCAAAUAAGACAAACAUAAAGGAAAGACAAAUACUAAAUUAGCUAAACAGUUAAAAAAUUGUAUAAAUCGCAAUAUAUUGUAUCGCAAUCCUCACUGUAUUGCAAAAUGUUAAAAAUCGCAAUUAUAUCGUAUCGUGGGGCCACUGAUUCCGAACCCCUAAUUGAUUAAGGAUGGCUGUUGAGGGCAUCACAGCAGAGAUGAUAAAAUCUUGGAGCACAAUUCAGCUUUUUUAAUAUGGCGCUAACAUACAAAUGUUUGGACACUCCAGGCGUCUUCAUCAGCGUACACACAGCAAUGCAUGCAUGAAUGACGGCUUUAAAGAGCCUGCCCACAGGCAGCCCCUCAUUGGUUGGGCAUAUUUGAUGUGUCAGUCAUGCCUGCACAGUAAAAAAGGAAACCAAAGGGCUCAACAAUGUUGAGUUUAAAUAUCCAAAAAGCUUCUCUGUGCAGGAUUUUAAAACGUCAUGAUGUCCAGUAUUAGAACAAGGAAAGUGUAUGUUUGUAAUAGCUGAGCUUCUGUGCCUGUGUCCUCCUCCAGGUUACACAGUACCUUUUUUCCUACAAACUCAGCAAUUGUUGAUAUAGCUGCUUGGGGCGAAAAUUUAGCUAAAGCUUCCUCAUAUCGUCACCCUAUUAAAAUAAUGGCCUAAGUCAUUUUUUGAUGAAAAUGAGUUUUUGGCGUAAAUCAUCUCUUGAAAUGAUUUAGAGAUCAUUUAGGCCAAAAACGCAUUUUCAUCAAAAAAUGACUUCGGCCAUCAUUUUAAAAGGGUAACGAUAUGUGAGAAACAUGAAGUGACAUGGACUGGAAACCAAUCCCAAGUCCAAAGUCUCAGCUGUGUGGGGGCCUUGCUGUGUGUGGUUUGCAUGUUCCUCCUGUGCAUGUGUGGGUUGCUUUGGGCUUCCUCCCCCAGCUCAAUAAAAACCCUGUUUAGCGUAACCUUUUACCUAGCAGUAGGAAAAAGUAAAGAUUAGUUUUCCUUUGAUCAUAUUAUAAUGAGAGGAUGUUCAUCCAGAUAAUGGAUAUGUGUAGGAGGAUUUUACCUGCAGUUUUGAUGUCAUUUCAAGUUCAAUAUGUUUUUACCCUUAGUUAAAAAAAAAUCUAUGGGUAACAUGGUUCACUGUUUUAAUUUCAGUGAUAUUUGUGUCCUCAGAGAUCAGUAUUGAAAAAUAAUGUCGAAACAGUAGCAGUCUGGGUUUGGAUGGUCAGUUUUAAGAUGGAUUCGAUGUUUUAAUGAGAUUUAUAUCAGGUGUUUCUAAAUCCGUCUGAUUCAAACAUAAUUGCUGAUGUCUCUCUCUCUGUCUCUCUCUCUCUCUGGGGAAAACUGGGGUCACAAUUCCUUGAACUUGAUUCUUCUCCUCUCAUUUCCCCCUCUCAGCUCAUGAUUAUCCGUUCGAUCAGGACUGCAUUGAACUUAAAUGUUGAACCCCUGUUUAAAUGCCACUCUUGUUUAAUUCUGGGCUGUGUCAUUACACGCUUGUUGCCGAGUCUUCUGUCUUUGACCCGGGGCAGUGCCGGUGUCACUGUCAAGUUGACUUGGUCGCAGUAAAUGAGUUAUUUCUUUGCUCGUUGUCUUCCAAUCUGCAGUGAAAAUACACACAGGCCCACACUGUUAAUAAGGAGGGAAAGGUCAGUCACUGUUGAGUUAUAGCAGAUGUGUCAAAACCCUACUGGGAGACCUUUAACUCCCAGCUAUGUUUGGCAUUUCUUGUUUCUAAUCACUACUGUGACAAAUGGAGCUUUCAGAGCAAAGAGGCAGAGGGGAUUUUCUCCACUCCUCUUACGCCCCACUUUUCCCUUUUUUUCCCCCCUCUUCUGCUCAGUCUUGCUAUUCUGGCCUUUACAUCGUCUGAAAAAGCCUUUUCAGGAUGAGGAAGUCAAUCUUUUUUUUCUCCGUUUUAACAGAAUCUGUUUUUCUGUCCAUCUUUCAGGCUGCUAAGGCAAACCUUGAGAAAGCUCAGACUGAGUUGGCCGGCGCGUCCGACGAGGCAGCAAGAGCAGAGGUCCAGAUCAGCAUAGAGGCCAACGAGGCCAUUGUCAAGGCUCUGGAGUAGACCUGUGGUAUGACAUUAAAAAUGCUGCGCCAUGAUCUGAUCUAGAAAGAUAACUGGUUUAUUAAUUUUACGUAGAGAGAUACCGAUGCAGGACAGUUCACGAUUGUGAUUAGAAUUUCAAACAGAAAUCUGAAUCAGUUCCCUCAUGUUAUGUUCCUCAAAGUAAGUCCUUCUUUCCCCCUCUCUUGUUUUUUUUUUUAGGCAGUGUUUUCUGUUUCUUUGAUGGGAUUCAAUCGUCCAUCUGUUUUCCUGCUGAGUCACUUCAGUGUCCAGAAAAUCCCAUUCUUGCUUUGUACAGUGGAUAAAAAUGACAAAAUAAAUUUAUUUGGAAUUACCUGUUUUUGUGUUUUUGUGCUUUUCCUAAAUCAUUUCUGUUUGAUUCAUGAUCAUAACUGUGUCAAACAAAUCUGUAUAACCUAUUCAAACUCACAUUAAAAAAUGAUUUAUGAGAAAAUCAACCCAAAACAAAA